CUCAGCCGAUUUGGACUUGAAUGAGGUGGUGAGCUCAGAAGCCCAGCAGAAAGACUGAUACAAAGUAGCACAAGCUCUCUGUUCAUAAACAUCAGGGAUACUGGAGUACCGACGGCAGGCUGCGGUCCGGGUAGGGGGAGGGGGAGGACGAAGGCAACUGAGACCCUAGACCACUGACUUUCACCCGCAGAAGACUUUACCGAGAAAGAAAAUAUCGUAUGUUUUUUUUUGUGAUUCCUGCCCCGCCGCGCGCAUGAAAAGUGAACUGGAGAGAUAUUCGAGCCGUUUUUCGUUUAGAUUUCCAAAUGUAAAUGUUCAACUUCAUGGGUCUAAUAAACGGUACAGCGGCCAUACAGACCAAUGUAUCCUGUACAUGUAACUGCAAACGCUCGACUUCAUUCCAAAGCAUGGAGAUCACCCAGUUGGAGUUUGUGCAGAUCCUGGUGAUCGUUGUGGUGAUGAUGGUGAUGGUGGUAGUGAUCACCUGCCUGCUCAACCACUACCGCUUGUCAGAACGCUCCUUCAUCUCCAGGGACAGCCAGGCCCGCAGGCGCCACCUACCACUGGCCUCUGACGGGAGUCUGUGGUCCUCAGAUGGCCCAGGGCCCGCCAGUGGAAUGAGCGAGCAGCAGGUAUACACCACGCGUCCCCCAGACCGCGUCCCCUCCUAUCUGCAGAGGGAGCGUCUGGCCCGCUUCCAGCCCACCUACCCCUACCUGCCCAACCCCAUCAUUGACCUGCCGCCCACCAUCUCGCUGUCGGACGGCGAAGAGCCUCCGCCCUACCAGGGCCCCUGCACUCUGCAGCUCCGCGACCCCGAGCAGCAGAUGGAGCUUAACAGGGAGUCGGUGCGUGCGCCCCCCAACCGCACAGUCUAUGACAGCCACCUCCUCGACACCUCCCUGUGCCCACCGCCCAGCCUCAACUCCGGGGUCAGCACUACCACAGUAGCCACAGCUGCCCAGGCCUACUCCAGCCAAGUGGAAGGGGCACCACCAACUUAUAGUGAGGUGAUAGGGCACUACCACCACCCCUCUUCACUACCCAGGCACCAUCACCAGACUUCCAGUGGCGGCAGGGGCAUGGGGCAUGGAGUCGGGUUAGGAGGCCCGGGUCCCUCGCCGCCGUCCUUGCUACUCCACGGGAUUCUCCAGCAGGCCCACCUGGGCAGCCUGGAGAGCAGGAAUGUGCGCAACAAAAAGGAGAAGCAGGCGCCUGAACAUGUGUGACGACAGUGUUGGUCUCGGGCAUUGUUUCCGAGGCUGCUUUCUCCUUCUCUGCACACUUUAGCUGAACUGUUGGUGGCAAGCAGGGUUGGAGAGGGCGAUAUGCAGUGGCAGGGGGGAGGCAGGCGCACAAAGAAAAAGGACUGCACUCCCCUCUUAACUUUACCCCCGGUCACCGUCUUACUGAUACCCGUCACCCCUAAACUUACGUUGUAUAAAUAUUUACUUGUUUUUUUUCCUUGCUUACAGCUUUUUUUCUGUACUGGCAAAUGCAAAAACAACAAAACAAAACAAAAUUCUCUCCAAGUAUUUAGGUUUAUUUUGUUUUUGUGUCCCUUUGCAUUGUGCUUCACUACAAACUGCAUAAUUUCUAGUUACUUAUCUCCUCGUAGUUUACCCUUAGUUCCUGUGGGAGUCUUUCAGAAUGACCAGGUCUUCCUUUUUUUGAGAUGCAGAUGGUUAUUUUAGUGAGCCUCCCCCUAACCUCUUUCUGGCUUUGAAUACUGUCCGUGUAUCUGGCUUGUACAGGGAGGGCAUUGAUAGCAAUCUUGUAACAGGUUGACAGGUUUAGGCCCUCACGGGAUCCAAGAUUGAGAUUCAUACGUUAGCCCGAGUUAGCCUCUCAGCUCAUGACCCAGUUAGCCUCACUGCCAGACAGAUCCCCAUCACUCCUCAUCAAUCCGCAUCAGAGGGUGCGGUGGUCAAUGUUGGCAUCUAUGGAAACACAUGAUUGACAGCUGACUGGGUUUGUGAUGUCAGGCCAUGUGUGUCAACAUGAGUACUGGAGUAGAGUCCUGAGUCUCGGUCAAUUGAGUUCAGCACUGUGCCAACUGAAGUGAUAUAUAUCCAUCAUGCUGUACUAUCUGGACCCAUCUGAGGUUAGUACUGUACUUUAGUUCUUUGUCUAUUCGGUCUUUGGCCAGACAAGUUCAGGAGUUCCUGUGUGCGAAUACUCUUCUUGUUUUUUUAUUAUGAUCUUUUUUAAAGAGAUGUUUGCACAAGAUUCAAGACUGUUUAUCUGGAGAAAAAGAAAAUCAAUCUGCAAUAUGUAUCAUAAGAGAGGAGAGCAGCGGUAUUUUUGUAAACAAAUGGAUUCUAAAGAUAAAAAUAUGUUUUUUUUAAA